AUGGGCAAGCCGGUGGAACCAGGGCUGUCAGGAGUGCAGAGCAGUUCAAGUGUCAUUGAAUUGACAAAAGCCAUAAACCAGGGAAAUCUUCCAGACAGCAGGGCACGCUUCCGAGAGAAAAGGUCUGGCUCUCUGACAAGUCAGGAUGAGGUUGUGCUUGCUGGCCAGCUGCUUCACGUCAAAUCCAGUGAAGUGGUUGAUGAAGGUGCCAUACUUGGCAGAUCAGAAACACAAGAGUGUAUCUACUACAACGCUAAUUGGGAAAAAGAUAAAACAAAUCGGAGUGGUAUUGAACCUUGUUAUGGCGAUAAAGAUAAAAGACGACACUGUUUUGCUACAUGGAAGAAUAUUUCUGGAUCGAUUGAAAUUGUGAAGCAGGGUUGCUGGCUAGAUGACAUCAAUUGUUAUGACAGGAAUGAUUGCAUAGAGAAGAAAGACAGCCCUGAAGUGUUUUUCUGUUGUUGUGAAGGCAACAUGUGUAACGAACGCUUUUUCUAUUUUCCAGAAAUGGAGGUUACGCAACCGACUUCCAAUCCUGUCACACCUAAGCCGCCUCUGUUCAAUACCUUGCUUUAUUCAUUGGUGCCUAUAAUGGGAAUUGCAGUGAUUGUGCUCUUUUCGUUUUGGAUGUACAGACAUCACAAGCUAGCGUAUCCUCCAGUACUCGUUCCAACCCAAGUAAGUCGCUGCAUUAAUGAUAUUGGGUUUUUGAAUG